UCCUCCUGCGCGAGACCAGCACUGGUGCCAAGACGGUCGUGUCGUGUCGAGAGGGCGCUUCCCAGGUAUGGACGAGAGCCAACUGUCGGCGGAGAAGACGGUCGGGUUACAGCAGGACGAGCACUAACAAAGUAUAGGCGCAGUCUCCCCGAUCCCGCGCGUUUCGCCUGCGCCAUUAGGUUCGGUUGGUUGAUCAGAUGUCUACCGGACGCAUAUAUGGUCUGUACCUAUACGGCGCGGCAUGCCCCGCCGCGAAGACACCGGACGCUGUUCGCACCAUGUUGACCAACGCCCUAGCUCCCAUGCUCCCGCCGCCGCCGUCCCCAGAACGACCGCUGAAGAGGCAGAGAAGGUCCCCCAACGGCGAGAGGAGUGAGUACGAGCAUUCAACAGGGCCGCUUGGGUGGUCGGGAGAGUACGAGAUGCGCCACGAAGCGUCGACAUCCGCGCAUGAUGCGCCGAAGACGCAGCAGAAGGACGACAGGAGGAAGUUGUCGUGUAAGGAGUGCCGGAGGUUGAAGCUGAAGUGUGAUCGUGUCUUCCCGUGCCAGUCGUGCUGCAAACGAGGAUGCGCGGAAAUAUGUCCCGAAGGGAGUCUCACUAGCGGGCGCGGGAGUCGGUUCAUACUCGCCAACACCGAGCAGUUGCACACAAAGAUACAGGAACUCUCCGAUCGCGUUCGCAACCUCGAGCAAGCGUUGCAAGGCUACAACCCUGACGACCCCCUCCUCGCUUCUGAGCUGCUACUCAUCAAGACUGCACAAGAAUUCCAUGCCGCCGGGAACGCUCCAGGCAGUCCUACUGGGGCGACGGCAUCUUCGUCACAGACGCAACAGACGAAGGAAGAGAGCCUGCACACCUCCGUAUCUAACCUGUCCAUCGCCUCACCCGUUACGCCUUGUGUUCCGACAUGCAAAGACGAUACUACACCAAUUGUCGACCAGAACGGUAUCCCUCAGGUACCGCCCGGGGUUUUGCAGCUCAGCAUGUCCUUCCCCUUCCCUUGGAGGGUCGACAUGUCGGUGAGGCAGCGGAUUCGCAACGCUCUACCUCGACGCGAAGAGGCAGAAGCGAUAUGCGAGGAGGCCCGCCGCAACGCGCUGUGGCAGUAUAGCCUUGAUUCAUCCGAAACCUUCUUGCCCAACCUCCUGCAAUACUGCUAUACCAUGCCCAUAAACGAGCUAAGUCCGCGAAGGCUCGCGUUGUUGCUCAUGGUUCUAUCCAUUGGAUCGCUCGUCGAUCUCAAGCGGCCAUUGGGUUAUUUGUCCGCCGAAGCAUAUCACCACCUCGCGCGCGCCAGCGUCUGCGAGAUCCCACUCAUGGAGGAGCCCGACUUCGACACCGUGCACGCGCUGUUCUUCAUGAUAUGGUACCACCUCAUCUUCUCCGACAACCGCAAGGCCCUGGGCUACGCCUGGAAUCUCCUGGGAUUUGUGGCGAAGCUCGUACAGGGCCUCGGCCUCCAUCGCGAGACGUCUGGGUCAUCCAAGCUCAUCCCGGAGGAGAGCGAGCGGCGGCGGAACAUCUUCUGGGAGCUGCUUAAUUUGGACUAUAGGAUGAGCUUGACGCUGGGCAGGCCGCCCUCGAUAAGCCUCCAGCACGUCACUAUCAAGGCGCCAUCGUAUACGGCGCCCAACACGUUCCUGCCGGCGGAUGAGAUGGUUUACCACGAGUGGAAGAAUACUUUCUUGCAGAAUUGCCUGUGCCCGAUACUCGAGUAUAUGAUAGGCAAGGAUCAGCCAGGGUAUUCGCGCGUCUUGGAACUGGACCACCGGGUCCGCGAAUCUCACGUUCCGCCGCUACUCGAACAUUGUACUCCAGCGUCGCCAAGGUACAUCAAGAUGCAGCGUGCUUUAGUAUCAUCGGCUCGGGCUAUUGCACUCCUGCAGUUGCAUCGGCGCUCAUUCUCCGAUGCGAUGUCGAUCAAUGCCGCGCGCUUCACGCUGAGGCACGAAAAUGCCCCGUCUGUUGUUGCGACAUACUUGGCCGCGAAUUCGCUCAUCGACACGAUCGAGGACCUUUUCAAGUGGGAGCCCGAGAUCAGCGUUCGCUUCCUGUUUUUCUGGUUCAAUGCAUUCAGUGCUGCUAUGACGCUUCAAGCGUUUAUACAUCGUGUACCGUCAUCGUCGAUCGUCCCACAUGCACUGCGGGACCUGGAGCGCAUCACUCUGCUCUUCCGCCGCGCGUCGAAGAUCCUGCCAUUCAGUGGCCGAACGCUGCCCAUCCUCGACAACGUCCUCCAGCGCUGCCACAAGACGCGCCAGGCGGCCGUGGUCCCCGCGUCUGGCGCGCCACAGCAGUUCUGCGAUAUGCGUCUGCCGCUCUUCGCAGAAGCCCACCCGGCCCUCGCGCAGUUCGCGGAGACACUCCAGACGGCGACGUUCUACCACCCCAUGGAGAUGCUGCCGGCCGAGUAUCAGACCUACCACCAGCACUCGCAUCAGCCGGUUGUAGGGCACCAUCGGGGCACGCGCGACGAGGAUGCCUGGAUGCCUGACCCGUAUAAUUUCAACAGUAACGGGAUCUCGGUCGAGGAACGAUAUACGGGCGUGGCGAGGGCGUUCCCGACACCGUUUGUGCCCUCGUCGUCGCGCGUGCUCGAUGACGAGACGUUCAACCUGGAGCAUGGAGCGCUGAACCCGAACCUGGUACUGGACAGUAGUAUCUUCAUGGCGUACUUGUGAUCUCUCCUCCAAGACUGUUUUGCAUACAUACCCGACCCUCUCGACAGUCGUGACCGUGUACUUUGCUCCUUUCUCUGCUCUGUGUUGGUACGCUUGGUGUUGUACUUUGUAUUCCGUGACCUGCUUUGUUACCGUAUGUCCUUUACCUGUGCGAACGGAAUGUAAUUCUUCUUCCAUUCGUCCAGUACUCGCACGGAG